CAACAUUAGGAGGACAAAGAAACCGUGAUUCUCAUGAAAUGCAGGCCUUCUAUGUGCAUUAUUAUGCAAACUACAUUCAGGGCUUUCAAAAUGCUGAUACUGCUGAUGUGUAAUUAAUCGUGUUCUUGAGUUUUUGUCUUGUUUUUAUUUUUAUGUAUCUUGAUUUCAGAAAUUUUCUUCUAAUGUUAGUACGCGUCUUACAAAAGCUUGUCAGACAGCUUCUGUUCUUUUUGAGGUUUUGAAGGUUUUCUGUUCCUUUGAAUCUGUGGAGGUGGCAGAAGAGGUAAAGGCUGAAUACUUCUCUUUCUCCAAGAAAACCUUUAAUUAUUUUUUUUAUAUGGUGAUGCAAUUUUGGUGAAAUAGUACUUUAUAUGAGUGCAUAGAUAUUGAAAGCACAUGAAGAGGUUGUAGAGAAGGCAGAAAUGUAUUCUCAUAAUGUACUUCCACUUGACCCUGAAAGUUCAGAUCAAGCACUACAAAGACAUCCACAGAUGAAGCAGCAAGACCACCUCAAAAUUCCUCUCCACGCCAUAAAAAAUUGUACCCAAGACUUCGACGAAAGAAAUUUCGUUGGGAAGGGUGGAUAUGGAAGUGUCUACACAGGAGUCCUCACAUGGGCAGAUCAUGUAAACCAACUAGUUGCUGUAAAACGGCUAGAUGCCGCUGGGUUUCAAGGUAGAAAGGAGUUCCACACUGAGCUCGCAAUGCUUUCACAGUAUCAACAUGAAAAUAUUGUAAGCCUUCUAGGGUUUUGCGAUGAUAACAACGAGAUGAUCCUCAUCUAUGAAUACGCGAGCCAUGGUAGCCUCGACACGUAUUUACGUAACACUCCUGUUUCGGGUGGACCAUCAUGGCCUCAACUCCUCAAUAUAUGCAUUGGUGUUGCUUCGGCGAUCAAUUAUCUUCAUAAUCAUGUGGCAGAAAAACACAGAAUAAUCCACCGUGAUAUAAAAAGCGCGAAUAUUUUGGUAGAUGAGAAUUGGAAUGCAAAACUUGCGGACUUUGGGUUGGCUAGGAUAGGACUAGCAAAUCAACAAAACACUUUUGUGAUAACUAAUCUUGCCGGGACACAUGGGUAUUGUGAUCCACAAUACGAACGGACAGGGUUUUUAACAAAAGAAUCAGAUGUCUUUUCGUUUGGUGUGGUUUUGUUUGAAGUUUUGUGCCGAAGGUUGGCAUGUGUUUAUGAUUACCAUGAUGAGCGGCGAUUCCUCUAUCAUUUGGCUCGAACAUGCUACAAAAAUGGAGAGCUACACAAGAUUAUUGAUCACAGAAUAAGGAAAGAUAUCAAACCAACAACAUUGCUCAAGUAUUCGGCUAUAGCCUAUCAAUGCUUGCAAGAAAAUCGAGAAGACCGACCUACAAUUACUGAGGUUGUGUACCAGCUGAAGGAGGCUUUGAAAAUUCAAGUAGAAGAUGAGAUCGUCCCAUAUGGAUUAGCAGAUGAUAUGCUCCAACAUGGUUUAGAAGAUGAGAUCCUCCAAGAUGGAUUACACUCAGGUGGCGACAAAGAGCAAAUUAUACAAGGGAGACUUGAACGAUUAAAAGCUAAGUUGAAAUAUAUAUUUCGUUGCUUGUUAAAGAAACAAUGAUAAGACAAGGAUUAUAUAUUUUGGGACAAAUUAUAAAGUUAUAUAAAUAACGUUAUCAUUGAAUAUGAAGCUAACAUGAAUUACUAUUUAAAAUUAUUGAUA